CAAAUACUGUUACAAGUUUUAUGAAAUAUAUAUAUUUUUUUUACUUUUAUCUAGUUUUUUACACUAUGAAAGUGUUCUUCGACACUUUUUUGUGUUUUAAAAUAAAUAAAAAAAGUGUAUUAAAUAACUUAAUUUGAACCAAAUAAUGUUGGGGUCGUUGGGGUAAAAUAUAGUCAACCCUCCUUAUUCGACCAAGUGGGGUCCCCCGCCUUCUGUGCGGGCAAGUGUGGCACACAGUGUGGCAGACAAAGGGUGGUCUCCCUUAUCCGGAGGGGAGCUCGGGCCUUGGGCGACGGUCGUUGGUAGGGGAAGGGAUUACUAUUUCGAGUUCAGUGUUUUCGCCGCAACUUUUUAGCGUCGUGACUCGUGUGUGAUAUAACUUUAGCUCGAUAUAUAGAAUACUGAAGUUUCCAAGUGCUUAUAAAACUUCUAACAAAUUAAAAAUGAGUGGAGAAGAAGAAGAAACCCAAAACAUGGAAAUUAUGUUAAAGAGAAGUCUAUUAUCAAGAAGUAAAUUAGCAACAAUCAGCAAAGACUUAGAUGGAGUAACUCACUUUAUUUGCAUAGAGUGUCAUGCUCAGUAUGAAGAUAAGGAAGAACUAGAAGUGCAUCUGUGUACACAUUUCAAGGAAUACAGAUUUUUGUGUGGCAUCUGUGGAACUGGACUGAAGCGUAAAGAACAUUUAGAUAGGCACAUGCAGGGUCACAUGGAGCUCAGGCCGCACGUCUGUGAUGACUGUGGGAAGGGUUUCAAAAGGAAAGAGCACCUCAAUAUUCACAAAUCCAUUCACAAAGGUGAAAAAUCACUUCAGUGUUCUAUAUGUAGUAAACGUUUCUAUCGCAAGGAUCACCUUCAAAAACACAUACAGACACACAACAAAUAUUUCAUGGAACAAAACAUUAUACCGAUGAGUGACCAGGAGCUCAGCAUCAAGCAAGAAGUGGAUGAGGACAGUAUGCCUAUCAUCACCAAUGUCAGUGGGAAUGUCACGGACAACGAUGUCUCUAUGGAGUCCGAAGACUACUCGAGCAAGGAGAUCCUGGGCCUGCCGCUGGACCACCAGCUAACCCUGGAUCACGCGAAGAGCGCUCGCCCCUUCGUGUGCGUGAUCUGCGGCAAGAGCUACAAGCGGAAGGACCAUCUCAAGAUUCACAGCUGGACGCACAUGAAGAAGGAGGUGGUGUGCGCACAGUGCGGGAAGGAGUUUCACACGGAGGACCAGAUGUUGGUUCACGUCAAUCUGGUUCAUCUUAAGAUACACGAAAAUGGCGCGAUAGUUAACAAUGGGUUAUCGCAGCUCAGGUCGCUGCUAGGAGAAGACAUCGAGGUGGAAGUUUUGAGCAAGCGGGGCACAGCGGCGCCGAAGCGCGAGGCGGACGGGCGCAAGCACGAGUGCCCGGUGUGCCGCCGCAAGUUCAAGCGCAAGCAGCACCUCAAGGUGCACGCCAAGGUGCACCUCAACAAGAAGCGCACCUUCUACUGCGGCAUCUGCCACGAGGGCUUCAACGACAACAGCCAGUUCGAGAAUCACAAGUGCCGGCCGAACGACUUGUUCAUCAACCCCGAGCAUGACAAAGAAGACAACGAGUAUGAACAGAACGGCGAGUACGAACAGAACGGCGGGUACGAAAAGAACGGCGAUUAUGAGCAGAACGGCGAGUACGAACAGAACGGUCAGGUCGAGCAGAACGACGAGUACCAGAACGACGGGGGCUAUGAGCCAGACCACGGGACCUCGCCCAACGGGGACGCAAGGAAGGAGAACUACCCGCAGGAUUUGUUGGAGAUAGUGGUGGAGGAGGCCGCGCUGCCGACGCCGCAGCGCGUGUUCGUGUGCAAGUUCUGCGGCAAGCCCUUCCGCCGCAAGGACCACUACAAGAUACACCUGCACAUACACACCGGCCUCAAGUCCUUCUUCUGCCCCACCUGCGGGAAAGGCUUCUACCGCAAGGACCACCUGCAGAAGCACAUGAUAGUGCACGCGCGCAGCCACAUGAAGAAGUCGAAGGGCCGCACCGCGCCCGCCCCCUCGCCCCCCGCGCCCGUCCCUGGCCCCGCCCCCGGACACGCCCCCGGACACGCCCCCGGCCCCGCCCCGCGCCGCCAGCUGCCCGCGCUGCUGCCGCUGGCCGCUGCGCCAAUCAGCAGGAAGGAGGUGAAGCCGGAGAUCACCAUACAUGCGCCAUGCAACUCUAAACUCCGAGUCCCGCUACAGAUGAAGGUGCCCUACCAAAUGGUGAUGUCGAUGGACAACGGCGAGACCCGCGCCGUCACCGUGGACCCGUCCGCGCAAGUGCUCGGCUUGCCAUAGACUAUACAACCAUAGACAACGAGGUUCUAUUUAAAAAAAUAUUGUGUGUACUUAUGUACACGCGUUAGAAGUUAUACUUCUUUGGCGUAUGGAAAAAAAUACUAGAAUAUACAACUUGAACAUAGUUAUCAAUUUUCAUACCACCUAGAACUAACUUCAUGCUGUUAAAUUUAGGUGUCGGUGUGCGCGCGCAUCGUAAAAAUUCACUCAUUUUUCUCCAUCGCGCCAAAAGAAGUAUAACUUCAAAAAGUGAAAAAAGUUUGUACCAGUGACCAUAAAGCAGUGAUAAAGAGGAUUGUUUUAAAAAAGUAACGCAGUGACCAUAGAGCAGGGCUAAGCCACCGUACCAAAGAGGGGUUUUGAGUGCAUAUUAUAUGUAGUAUGCGAAUGAAAUGUGUAUAUUGCACAAGUUUGUAAUUUAUAGCAUAGAUUGAAAUAAAAUGGAAAGUUUUUGGCUCAUGGUUGGAAUCCAUGUUGGAAUGAAAGUGAUGGACUUGAAUUUUUUAUUGGAUGAAUUGAAUCAAGAUUUUAAAGUUUUAAUACUCGCGUUGAUAUUAUCAGUCAGACUUCACAUCGAUUGUGCUGUGUCUAAUGUAAUACAUUAAAUAAUUUAUGAAACAUGUUAUAGGGUAAGUGAACAUAUUAGGUAUGCUCUUUUAGCUCAUCAUGUUUUUAAUUUAAAUUAUGUUAGAAGAUUUUACUCAGCAGUGUUAAUAUGUAAAAAUAAAGUAAUUUUAAUGUUAUACAUAGUUUUUAAGCGCACUCCCUUGUAUUAUAUGAAAUAAAUUUUUUGAAGACAUUUAAAUCGCAGUUUUUUUUCUCCUAUUCAUGUGAUUGUUACAAAUAGUGACACAAAAAUACCAAACAGAUUAUAAAUUUUAUUUGAUAAAAACCGCGAUUUAAAUACAUUUAAUUUUUUUUUUUUUAUUUUUGUCUAUUUUACAAAUAGUUAAUAGUUUGCCAAUAAAUUGAUAAUAUGAGUGCAGUUAUGAAUACACACACGAUUUUACUAAGUAUUUAUGAAGUCCGUCUUGCACAACGUGGGAAAAAUCCGUAAUUUGGGUCCAAACUAAUAUACCUACAUAAUAUAGAUGAAUAUUUAGAUUAUCCAUAUAAUUUCUGAAAAAUGAUGCAGUAUGCAAAAAUGAAUUAGCUCUCCAACUAUAUUUAUUACUCUCUUCGAACUUUAUGCUAAUGAUCAUACUUUAAAAAAAUGGAAACAUUUUAUUCGAUAGGUACCUAUCACAAAAGAGAGCGUGUCUGCCGAGCACACGUGUCGGAAGUGAAACUUCUUUGCCAGUAUUCAAAAUCAAUACCAAAAUCGUCUCUUUACUACGUCACGGAGUAUUGACGGUAUUGCCAUGACGCGACCUUGAAAUUUUACUCUCAAUGCGCCAAACGAAGUUUCACUUCAAUAUAGUAGUAAAUUCUUAUUUCUAGGUUUAAUAUAUAAUUAAUAAUUAUCACGUAUGGUGCCAUGACAUGUACCAAAAAUUGUUUCAUGUACUAAGUUCCUGAGGCGACACAAAUUGUUGUGAUCAUAUUGUGUAAGUUCAAAUAAUGUAACGCGAAGUACAAAUAAAAUAUUUUGUAUUGAA